UUCACCUUCAUACGAACGACCUCCAUUCAUCCUUCACCGUUAGAAAAAUACUACAUUUAUUACCAUUUUUAAUAUCUUGAAAUAUAAGUCAUCCAAAAACUUUUUUAUAAGCACUGGAGUGCCAUUUAAUUAUAAAUUAAUAUUAGAAUAGAAUUUUUAAAUUGAAAAUGGCAUUAAAAUCACCGGUGGUGUUUGGGUUAGUCGGUCGCAUAUCGCGCCGCUGUUUUUCGACUUCUAAAGCCGUAUCCUCCAAACCGGUGACAGUGCGAGAUGCCUUGAACCAGGCCAUCGACGAGGAGAUGGAACGAGACGAGAAGGUAUUCGUUAUGGGUGAAGAAGUUGCCCAAUAUGAUGGUGCUUACAAAGUGACAAGGGGUCUCUGGAAGAAAUAUGGUGACAAGAGAGUAAUAGACACACCCAUCACAGAGGCAGGCUUUGCAGGAUUAGCUGUGGGCGCUGCGUUUGCGGGCCUCAGGCCUAUUUGCGAAUUCAUGACCUUCAACUUCUCUAUGCAGGCUAUUGACCAUGUAAUAAACUCAGCAGCAAAGACAUUCUACAUGUCAGCGGGCACUGUUCCCGUGCCAAUUGUGUUCCGUGGUCCCAACGGGGCCGCCGCCGGCGUCGCCGCGCAGCACUCGCAGUGCUUCGGCGCCUGGUACAUGCACUGUCCGGGUCUGAAGGUGCUCAUGCCGUACACCGCCGAAGAUGCUAAAGGUCUACUAAAGGCAGCCAUCAGGGAUCCAGACCCAGUGGUAGUGUUAGAGAAUGAAAUGCUGUAUGGUGUCCCAUUCCCCAUGUCCGACGAGGCACUGUCAAAAGACUUUGUACUACCAAUAGGUAAAGCGAAGAUCGAGCGUCCAGGGCAACACGUGACUGUGGUAUGCGCAGGUCGCGCCACGGAGACAGCGCUGCAGGCCGCCAACGAACUCGCAGGCAAAGGUAUCGAAUGUGAGGUGAUAAACCUGCGGUCUCUGAGGCCCUUGGACUUCGACACUAUCGCGCAGUCCGUCGCCAAGACACAUCACCUGAUCACCGUCGAACAGGGCUGGCCCAAUUGUGGCGUGGGCGCUGAGAUCUGUGCUCGCGUGAUGGAGUCUGCGUCGUUCUUCGAGCUGGACGCGCCCGCGUGGCGCGUGACGGGCGCCGACGUGCCGAUGCCGUACGCGCUGCGGCUCGAGGGGCUGGCGCUGCCGCAGCACGGCGACGUCGUCCGCGCCGCCGCCGCCGUGCUCGGCAACAGAAUAAGCGAGGCGGUGAACUAGUGACGCCAGGACGUAUCAAUCGCCAGGGUUGCCUACACCUCGCUGUGCUAGUUGAACAUUGUACAUAAUUCCAUUAUAUUUAUUUGCCGCUGUGUUACUCCGCGGAGGACUGUUAUUGUAACCAUGUGAUAUUCGGAUGAGAUUGUGUGAGCGCACGAUACGAACAAUAUUUAUUUACAUGUUUAAAAUAAAUUUGUUAGUAAUUUU